AUGACACACGCGAGAAGUCCCUGGCGAAGCAGGCGGAACCGCGGAAUAACGACGGUGCUGGCGCUGUUCGCAGUCGCAGCUGCGCUCUUUAUGCGCGCUGCAGGUGCUUUCUGCGGAGGCCUUCAGCUACCUUCUGGCAGAGGGCGAGAAGCUCGAACGCCUCGCCUCGCAACGACCAUCGAAGGAGAUGAGUUCAAAGCUGCACGGGAGCGCAUCCGGCGGAUUCAGCUCGGGCUCGGGCCCAACGACCCUCUCCCUGAGGAGGACGAGGAGCCCGCAGAAGCCGACCCAAACGUGGUCCCCGGCCCUGCCACAGGCACCCUGGACUUAGCCGAGGCAACUGAUGGGGAGGCCGUGGAGGCUAAAGUGUCUGGGGACGUCGCAGUGACAAAUGCAACAGACGAGGAGGACGUUAAGGUGCAGGACGCCUUCGCCGGCUCCGAGAAAGACGUGCCAGAAUUGCAGCCAGAAAAGUCGGACAAGCCAAAGAAAGAGGAAAAGUUUAUUUUAUUGCAGCUGGUGGAGGACCCAGGGCUUUGA